AUGAGUUUCGUUUAUUGCAUAGCAGCCGUAGUAAUUGUUAGCUCAGUGAGAAACGUGAAAGCACAAUUGGCCGCUCCAGACGGAGUCCCCAAUGUAUUUGACAAAGAUUUGUACGAAUCUGUGCUAAACUCCGAUUUGUGUCGAUCUCAAAUAACUCAUAUGAAGUUCGAAAAUCAAGUUUUAUUGUUAAGAUUUUUCGAUCUCGGUUUUCGAGUGCCGACGGGUAUUAUGGACAAUGUGAACACGAAUGACUUCGGGGAUUAUUUCAAAUGCCUAGAGCUAAACGCAGAUUCACAAGAUCCUCCGAUUAAGGGAAAGUACUGCGCCGUUACGGUGCCUUUGAAUCAAGACCUUCGACUGCCCUUUUUGGAUGGCCAAUUCAACGGACGAGAUCUUUUGUCUGACCAAAUCAGAAGGAAGGGAAUGGAUCCAGAAGUGGUGUUCAAAGCGAUAGAACAACGUUCAGACGACUCAAAUACUGGAGGAAUAUUCGAUGACUUAACGUUCAGAUUUGGCAUUUGUAUGCCGCAGACGUGUACGACGGAUCAAUGGGUGUCGGAGGUGUUCGCCAACGUCAGCGCUAUUGGGUUCAAAUACGAAGAAGAGUUUUGCCGUCUGCCUGACGACAGGCCUUGGGUGGCCGCCGACUACGUGGCAAUUGCAAUAUUUUCAACAUUGGUCGCUUUAACAGUUGCGAGUACGUGUUACGACCUCCACUGCACCUUUACUCUUAAAAAAGACAAGAAGCAAAUCAGUCCUCUGUUGAGCUCUUUCUCCAUCUACACGAACACGCGUCGGCUGACGACGUUCUCCUCGAACGCCAACACCCUGGACUGCUUGGACGGGAUCCGGGCGAUCUCGAUGAUGUGGGUCAUCUUGGGCCACACCUUCUCCAUGUACAACACGUUCGUGAAUCUCCUGGAGGUCAUUGACUUCCUCGUCUCCACUCCGGCCACCUUCGUGCAAUCCGGAGUCUUCGCCGUCGACACCUUUUUGACGAUGACUGGAAUUCUUCUAAUCUACACGUCCGUUGGAAAGAUGACUACGAAGUCACUUUUAAAAACGCUCCACGUGUUCUACAUCAAUCGUAUCAUGCGUCUGUUCCCUCUAUUGGGCGCCGUCGUGCUCCUGGAGGCUUCCGUCUUUCACAGAAUAGCCGACGGCCCCUACUGGUUGACGGUGGCAAGAAACGUAGAGAGAUGUAGGAAUUGGUGGUGGAGCACCAUUCUAUACGUACAGAACUACGUAAAUCCUAAUGAUAUCUGCAUCCAGCACUCCUGGUAUCUGGCGAUCGACAUGCAGCUGCACAUCAUCUCUCCGCUGAUUCUGGUCUGGGUAUACUCCGGCAGACGGAGACUGGCGUGGGCCGGCCUCUCGGGCGGCAUCCUGGCCGUUCUGGUGGCCUCGACGGUCUUCAACUUCAUGUUCGACUUGCCCUCCAGUAACGCGAGUCUCGUCCGUUUAGGAGAACAGGCGGACUACAUGGAGAAAUUCUACCAAAAUACGUUGACGAGAGGUUCGCCAUUUUUCUUUGGAAUGGCUGCGGGCUACCUGCUCGUCCUCACAAAGGGAAAGAAGAUAAAAUUGCCAUUGGCCUUCGUGCUCGUGGCUUGGAUAAUCGCACUGUCGAUGUUCUCCACCGUCUUCUAUAUGACAUACGAGGUUAUGCAGUUGGAAUGGAGGAACCAGCUCGCCGACAACUUGUACAACUCCUUUGCCAGGCCGAUUUGGGCGAUAGCGCUGUGCUGGCUCGUCUUCGCUUGCGUUCACGGCUACGGAGGUCCCAUCAACUGGACGCUGUGCCUGCCGAUGUGGAAGAUCCCGGCUCGGAUCUCCUACGCCAUGUACCUCUUCCACUACUCCUUCAUGUUUAUCGCAGCCAGCAUGCAGAUUAGGCCUCUGUACUUCACCGUAGCUCAGUCGCUCUUCGAUUUCCUCGGCCACUUGUUUUUGACCACUCUGACGGCGUUCAUAGUGACGGUGUUGAUCGACUCGCCGUUCUCCACUUUGACCAAACUGCUCUUAAGCGGAGGACAAAAACGACCUCGACGACCUCCACCGGAAGUCAAAGCGUCCGUCGAAGGACAACCCGAAAACGGCAACACGAGAAUAUAA